GACGUCAAGAGAGAAUUUUCGUUUCAAGACUGGGUCCCGCCAUGUUCAUGGAUGCAAUGGCUUCCUGCAUAACAGUGUUGUUUUGUAUAUGUUAUCUGGUAGAGUUAUGCGUUGGGGCGACCCAUGUUUUAAGUCAAGUUUCUGGUUCCUGUUACAAACCCAUCCAGGACGACGACAGACCCAAUUUUGUUAAGACAUAUCCUCGACCCCACGAAUACAUAAAUGUCUCCGAUCUCCCCAAGUCUUGGGACUGGCGGAACAUUGAUGGCAAGAACUAUGUUAGCAUCACCCGUAAUCAACAUAUUCCACAGUACUGCGGUUCAUGUUGGGCUAUGGGUUCGACCAGCGCCCUUGCAGACCGUAUUAACAUCAAGCGCAAAGGAGUAUGGCCCUCUGCGUACCUGUCUGUGCAGAACGUGAUUGACUGCGCAAGGGCAGGAUCGUGCUUCGGAGGUGAUCAUGUCGGGGUGUAUGCCUACGCCCACAAAAAGGGAAUUCCUGACGAAACCUGCAACAAUUAUCAAGCUAAAAACCAAAUGUGUGACACUUUCAACCAAUGCGGGACAUGCACAUUCUUUGGGUCAUGUGACACUGUGAAGAACUACACCAUUUGGCAGGUUGGUGAUUAUGGGGAGGUGUCUGGACGAGAUAAAAUGAAGGCAGAGAUCUACACUAAUGGACCAAUCAGUUGUGGCAUCAUGGCCACGGCCGGCUUGGAGGCCUACUCAGGGGGUGUCUUUGCUGAAUUCCACCCCCUCUCCCUGAUGAAUCACAUCGUGGCCGUAGCCGGAUGGGGAGUGGCAGAGGAUGGGACGGAAUACUGGGUCGUCAGGAAUUCGUGGGGAGAGUUUUGGGGAGAGCAUGGAUGGGCCAGAGUGGUCACGAGUGCUUAUAAAGGAGGCAAGGGGAACUGGUACAACCUAGCAAUUGAGAAAAGCUGUGCAUUCGGGGAUCCAAUCGUGACAUAACAGACUAACACUCUAAAUGAAUUAAUCUGGCUGACCUUUGGAUACCACAACAAGAUCCUUUGUUAGGCUGUUUUUAUUGGGGAGUGUGUGUUUGUUUGUGUGAGUGUGCGUGUAAGAGAGAGAGCGAUGGAAUGAGAGAGAGAGAGUGCUUGAGAGAAAGAAAAAGGAAGGUAUACAUUUAUAAGUACGAAAUUCAGUUCAAGUGGUUAUAUGAGAAAGUUAAAUGAGAAAAUGUACAGUGAAACUGAGAUGUAAAUAUCUUUCCAUUUAUGUGUAUGUAAAUGAAUGACAUUCAGUUGUUGAAUAUUGUUAGAUAUUUCAUUGAUCUAUGUAUAUUAAAACUGUCACAGACAAUGUAUAGGUCUGAAUAAAUGUCACAAAGCUGUC